UCUGAUGGUGUAUCUUAUGACCAUCUGGUUUUUCAAGAAAAACAGAUUAAUGUAAACAGAAAUAAGAGACGGCGCCAUGAACCAGAUUCAUCAGACUCAGACUCAGAUGCAGGUUGGCUAAAGGGAGAAGCUGCCACAGUGAGGCAGUGCUUUGGUCCUCAGUGUGUAAAGGCAGCACGGCCAAACAGCAAGUACUGUAGUGAUGAAUGUGGCUUAAAAUUAGCAGAAGCAAGGAUUUAUUCAGUAUUACCACAACGUAUUCAAGAAUGGAAGAUGAUGGAGUGUGUAGCUGAAACCCGCGAUAUCAGGCAACUUGAAAAGAUUAGAAAGCAGCAGCUGGAGGCUCGGGAAGUACUUCAGCAGCUUGAUCAGAGACAUUUGGAUAUUGACAAAUUGCUUGAACGAGGAAAAAAUGCAAAGAUUGACCCUAAUGCAGAUGAUGGUGGCGAUGAUGACAGUGGAGACAGUGCAUUUAUUUAUUGUGUCACCUGUGGUCAUGAAGUGCCUGCCAGAAGAGCAAUACGUCACUUGGAAAACUGCUUCAACAAAGUGACCAAACAACAUUUUGGAUCCAUGUACAAGACACGCAUUGAAGGCAACAACAUGUUUUGUGACUUCUAUAACCCCAGUAGUCUUACCUACUGUAAAAGAUUGCGUGUAAUGUGCCGAACUACUAAAGCUCCUUGUGUCUGGUAAAGGGCAUACUAUCAUUUAAAAAAGUUUUCUCCCAUUGUAUGUGGAGCACCUCUUACAAAAAAUGUUUUUGAAGAAACUGGCGAGAUCUGUUUAGCACCAAAAAAGAAGUGCCUAAAACACUAUUGCUGGGAGAAAAUGCGAAGAGCUGAGAUAGAUAUGGAGAGAGUCAGACAGUGGCUGAAACUUGAUGAGCUGUUGGAGCAAGAACGUCUGGUGCGUCAGGCCAUGACGAAUCGUGCAGGAGUCCUUGGUCUCAUGCUGCACUCAACUUAUGACCAUGCAUUGGCUGAGAAGCUUCAGCAGUCCCAACAGUAUCAUCAGAAUGACCACCAGUAUCAUUCUGGUCAUAAGUACCAGCGCAGCACCAACACCGCCAGCCAAAGUACGAAAUCAAACCACACAUAGUAAGUCAUCCAGUGCAAGUAAUCACAAGUCAUCCCAACAACAUCGGCCUGUUAUUUCUCAGCAGUAUAAAGCAAGUGACCACCACUAUCAGAAUGACACCCAUCACAAUGACCAUCAGUACCAUAAUAGUGAACGUAAGCACCAGCACACGGACCACCAAUAUCAUUCUAACCGGGACAGAAAAUAUCAUGAUGAUCAUCGUUAUCACAGUGAUCAUCAGUAUUAUUCUAUUAAAAAGCAAAAGUAGAUGGUAAAGAUGGUGACUCCUUUUAUUCCAAGGAUAAAAUGGAUACCGAUAUAAGUAUAAUUUAAUGUCUUCCUCAAUGAGUGACAAAAAUGAUGGAUGCAUUUUUACAUUCAGUACCAAAAAGUUUAAAACAGUCAGUACCCGUUUUCAUUUAGGAAGCCAGACUUUAGUUGGUGUUAUGUAUUACCUUGAUCUUCAGAGUCUGUUUCAUCCAUCUCAAUAUUUUUUUUUUAUGUUGAUAUGUUCAGAUGUGUGUAUAUAUACAUAUCUAAAUUACUUGUAUUUCAGGCUAGAUGAAUUUAAAAGAUUUUUUCCUAAUUACAUUUCAGUAUAACCACAUUCAUUUGCUCCUGAAUUACAUAUAGGUUUCAUAAAGGUGUUCAUCUAGUUCAUUCAUAAAGAAAUUGAAUAUUAGGGUGUAGUGAAAUGAUGUUCACCAACUUGCCAGUUUUGCAUUACUCAUUUUCUACAUAAGAAUUGGUAGGCUUGUCCUAGAAACAAAUGUGGUACUGAAAGAUGAAGUGUAAUGAGAUUUUAGUAGACAAUAAUGACUAAGUAUUUCCUUGAGAAAUAUAAACUUGUGACAGUAUUCAAGCAUGCAGUGUUUUGAAUUUCAGUGUAUAUAAAUAAAGUCAACCAGUAGAUAAGACCUGGUUUAUCUUCAAGAUGGAUAGAAAUAUUAAAGGAUCAUAUUUCACAUGUAAAUAGUAUUGUUUUAUAUGUUAAUUAUUAUAUGUCAAUAUGAAUUUUGUAUUUGAUUCACAUUUUCUUUGUAAAAAUGCAGGAAGUACAACCAAUGCUGCUGUUUUAAUUGUCUGAUUAAUGUGUUUGUGCAGUAUUUAUUAUGUAUCUGAUAUUUCAUCAGAAUUAAUUUUUUUAUACUGUGUAUAAUUGAAUUGUGUGUAUUUUAUAUCA